UGCUACAACCUUCACAUAUAUUUAGGAAGCAUCAUUUGUUUUACUCUAUUUCAUGGAAAUAUUAUAUUCCAGUCUUAUAAUCUGAUAAUAUAUCUCUAGAAGGGUCAGUUUCUUAUCAGCAUAUAUAGAUCUUAUUCACUCAUAUAGUGAUAUCUUGCUUUUUGCAUCAAGAUUUCAGCUUUCUUCUGAUUCUUGAGACAAGUUUGAUUCUUUAUAUUUCUUGGGAGAUAUUUCUAUUUUUGUACCUUUUUAGGAAAUCCUUAAUUAGCUAACAACUUUGGGUUUUUGGGAUAUCUUACUUUCUGUAUCAAGAUUUCAGCUUUCUUCUGAUUCCCAUUUAUCCUAUCUUUGAUUGUCCUUUAAUUUCCUUUUAAAUUUCUAGCUUGAGCCCUUUUGUUUGUCUAUCCAAUUCACCCUAAAAAGUGGGGUUGGAGUUAAAGAAAAAAUUGAUUCUUUAGAUGUUGUGUGGGUUUAACUAUAUGGGAGACUGUGAAGCUACUCUUCCUGUAAUGGAGGAUGAGGAAAAGCUGAUUGCAGCUGCACAGCAGAUUGUGAAAGCAUUGGAAAAGAAACAGAAUUUAACACAUGAUGCAAGAAAAAUUCUGGCUGAUUUAGGCUCUCAGUUGUCUUCCAUAACCAAAUUGAGUGAAAACAAACAUGAAAAAUUAUUUGGUGAAACUGAAGACACUGUAGAGAAGUUCAGUGAACUUGAGGAGCAGCUUAACAUUGUGCAGAAUAAGGUGAUGAGCUGGGAAGUGGAUCAAUCUGUUAUAUGGGAUUGUGGUCCUGAAUAUGCAGAUGAUUAUUUGAGGUCUGUGGAUGAAGCUCGAAAACUGAUUGAACGGUUAGAGAGUUUGAAUGUGGAUAAAGAUAGUAAAGAGGAUGAGCUUUUGUGCAGGGCUCAUGAGGUUAUGCAAAUAGCGAUGAAUCGGCUUGAGGAGGAGUUUAGGCAUUUGCUUGUUCAUAACAAGCAGCCUUUUGAGCCUGAGCACUUGUCUUUUCGUUCAAGCGAAGAUGAUGAGGGUUCUAUUGUUUCAUUUGGAGAUGACUCAGUAGAGGAUGUGGUUCAAAGAGAUAGCAUGAGUAGGCGCUCAGAGGAAUACGUAGUUGAACUUGUGCAUCCGGAUGUGAUUCCUGACCUAAGGUGCAUUGCCAAUUUGAUGUUCAAUUCAAAUUAUGGUAGAGAAUGUUCUCAAACAUUUAUCAGUGUUAGAAAAGAUGCAUUGGAUGAUUUUUUAUUCAUUCUUGAAGUUAAGAAGUUGAGUAUUGAGAAUGUGAUGAAGAUGGAAUGGAACUCAUUGAACUCCAAAAUCAGGAGGUGGAUACGGUGUAUGAAGAUCUUUGUUUGCGUUUAUCUAGCGAGUGAAAAAUGGUUAAGUGAUCAGAUUUUUGGUGAUCUUGAUUCAGUUAGUUCGGUUUGCUUUGCUGAAUCUUCAAAAGCUUCAAUACUGCAUCUACUGAAAUUUGCUGAAGCAGUGGCUAUUGGAUCUCAUCAACCGGAGAAGUUGAUUCGGAUUCUUGACAUGUAUGAGGUGCUUUCAGAUCUUAUCCCAGAUAUUGAUGCUAUGUACUCUGAUGAUGCUGGAUUAUGUGUUAGAACCAAGUGCCAAGACAUCCUCGAAAGCUUGGCCGAUUGUGCAAGAACAACAUUUCUUGAAUUUGAGAAUGCUGUUGCAUCCAGCAUAUCGACGAAUCCUUUUCCUGGUGGUGGAAUACAUCCUCUCACAAGAUACGUUAUGAACUACAUGAAAACUCUUACAGAUUAUAGCAAGAUCCUUAACGAGCUUCUGAAGGACAACGAGCAAGAAGAUUUGGUGGCGAUUUCACCAGAAAUGACACCGGAUAGGGAAGAGGACAACAGUAACACAAGUUGCUACAUUUCUCCACUGGCUCAACAUUUUCGAACCUUCACUUCAAUGUUGGAAUGCAACCUAGACGAUAAGUCCAAGUUGUACAAGGAUGAAUCAUUAGGCCACCUUUUCUUGAUGAAUAAUAUUCAUUACAUGGCUGAAAAGGUGAAGAAUUCUAAUGAUCUAAGAACAAUACUAGGCGAUGAUUGGAUUCGCAAACACAAUUGGAGAUUCCAACAACAUGCAAUGAACUACGAGAGGGCUACUUGGAGCUCCAUCCUUUCGUUACUUAGGGACGAGGGGCUUCAGAAUCCAGGCUCAAAUUCUAUCUCUAAAACUCUACUCAAAGAGAGACUGCACAGCUUUUAUCUUGCAUUUGAUGAAGCUUACAAGAGCCAAACAGGUUGGUCAAUACCUGAUUGCCAACUUCGUGAAGAUCUUCGAAUCUCAAUAUCUCUCAAAGUUAUUCAAGCAUACAGAACAUUUAUCGGAAGGCACACUAACCAUAUUAGUGACAAAUACAUUAAGUACAGUGCCGAUGACUUGGAGAAUUUCUUGUUGGAUCUCUUUGAGGGAUCUCCAAGAUCAUUACAUGGUUCUCACAGGAAGUGAGCUUAAUGUAUCAAGGGAUUUCUGUCAAAAUGAGAUCAAGAUUUUUUCAUUCUCAAUUUGUUAUUUAGAUUGUAAAUGAUGUCCAUUUUAUAAUAGGUUGAUUGUUUCACUUUUGUAUUUUCCCAAAGUGAACGAGUUAUUUCCCUAUUGUAUUUAUUAACUUUUUUGACAUCAAAAUUUGGUUUUUCAGAUUGAAUGACAUGUAAAUUAUCUCAA